AUGAUAAUCAACUGCGGACCCUUGUCCGACUUCACGCAAGCACGAUAUGUGAUCUACCUAUCAACAGGAAAGCGACUAGUCCUUUUCCGACUUCCCUCAAUCGACCCCUCCGGCUCCAAACCGAACGAAGCGCAAGGAUGGUCAUACUACGCGAUGGAAGCAGAGUGUCCGCACGCAGGAGGACCAAUGGCGGACUCACAAAUAGAUAUUGAAGACUCCGGAUACGUGGCCAGCUGCCCUUGGCAUGCUUACGAUUUUAACGUCGAAACCGGCGAAUCGAGCGUCGGCAUCAAAGCGUGUACAUACCCGAUCGACGUGCGAGAAGGCACCGUUUUGUUAAGCUUCCCAGUCGAAGGCGGCGAGCAAGUGGAACUGGCCAAGAUCGACCCCGUCAGCGAGAAGGUCAAAUUGAAACAUGCGAUCCCUUCAAAUAAAUCCGGUGUACCGAUCCAACAGGAGCAGCCAGGAAUGGCUCGUUAUCUAGACGACAAUGCGACACUAUGCGACUGGGCUGUUCAUAUCUUGAAGACCGCCAACCCGGAAAAUAAAAUCGAGUUGACGACUCACCUUUUCAGAAUAUUUACUGAGAGAGAGGCCUCUGAUUCACCUAUGGAUAUUGGACGAGGCACCGUCCCUGCACCCGAUCAACCUCCGCGCGAGAAAAUGUUUACUGUUGCCCCAGGUGCUAUGCCGAGGACAGGAAAGGGAGGCACAUUAAAGAGUCGGAUUGCCAUGCUGCACGCGCUGGCUAAUAUUGAGCUGUGGGCUAUUGAUUUGGCCAUCGAUAUCUGUGUACGAUUUGCCGCGUUCCAAACCGAGAAAACCUCACAAGAAUUACCACGAGCCUAUUUCCAUGAUUGGCUCAAGGUUGCGAGUGAUGAGGCAAAGCACUUUUCCCUUCUGCGCACUCGUAUCGAAGAAAUGGGUUCGCAUUUCGGAGCAUUGCCUGUCCACCAUACCCUUUGGUUAUCAGCUCAGGAGACGGCGCAUGAUAUCCGUGCCAGAAUUAGUAUCAUUGCUCUCGUUCACGAGGCAAGAGGUCUCGACGUCAACCCUAUGACUAUUGACAAGUUCCGUCUUAAUGGAGAUGGCCCGAGUGUUGAAGCACUGGAGGUCAUUCAUCAUGAUGAGAUUACACAUGUUACUACCGGGCACAGGUGGCUCACCUGGAUCUGUAACGAAGAAGAGACCGACCCGGUCCAAGUGUUCCGCUCUAAUGUCUCAAAACAUUUCCGGGGACCUAUUCGAGGACCGUUCAAUGAGGAAGCUCGCUUACAAGCUGGUAUGGACAAGCGGUAUUACGAUCCUUCCAAUGUCGUUGCGGCUUCCUGA